UUUUAUUUUUUAAAACAUGUCAAAUUAUAUAAAUAAUUGUUUAUCAUGAUUAAAUUUUCAUCUAUUCAUUGUACCUUCUAUUUUCGUCAUAUGUAUAUAAAAGAUCAAGUUUGGAAAGUGGUGCCCUCUGUUUCAAACAGUUUGGAAUAUUGUCAGCGAGCAGGCGCUGGACCGCUUUCUGAGGCUGCGUGUGGGAUAAAGAGCGAAAGACAGAGAAAGAUCGCGAUUCAAACUCGAAAUCUAACGAGGAACUCUCAGAGCCACGCGAGUGGCCGCGCGAUACGGCACGGGUGUUUGAAAACGGCCGAUAACAGUGUGCAUCGCGCCAUGUGUACGAAGAAAAGUGCGAAUUUGCUGUGGCUUCUUUAUUCCAUAUUGCUCAUUUGUGGAUUUGUUCUGCCAUACGGACGCUGCCAAAACGCGGAUCCGCGAGAACAAUUCGAUAACAGGGAUGACGCGAGGAAAAUAGACGAUCUGCGCGAUGAACUGCAGGCUGACGAUGCGGAUCAGUCGUAUGUCUGGGAUGCGUCUCUCGAGGGUAAAAAGACGCUCGAUGAGAACGGGAGCUCCCUCUCGUCUCGAAACGCGGCAGAGGUGUCGGAGACGGAAGUGGAAACAGCGCCUCGGGCAGACGGAAAUAGGGACAAGGUCCUCGUUCCACCAGGAGGUGUUUCCAACUCAUCGUUUCGGCCGGGUCUGAAUGUCACAGCCUCGACAUCGAUCACUCGUCGAAAGGGCGACGGCGGUGACAGAUCCCGGAAGAAACGUCGCAGGAACAAAGAUUCGAAGAGCGCAAACACAGAGGUGGAUCGUCAACGAGACGGCACCCAGGAGAACGAGAUCAGGGGAAAGCGAAACGGGCAGACGAAGAAGCCUAAAGAUUCCGCGGCGAGGAGGUAUCGCGCGGAGCGUCGCAGGAGGAGGAAGAAUCGCGAGCGGAAACGCGGGAGGAAGAGGGCGAGGAACGGCGAGAAGAACGGCGAGGCGCGUCGAGCGUCCAAGUUCAAGAGAAGGAUGAACGACGCGCCCGCGGCGCUGCUUCUCGGCAAGAUCGAUGGCCACGUGGUGGACGACACGAACGUGACUUGGAGAGGUAACCAAACGCGCUCGAGCGGCACCGAUGUUACGUCACCGUCCAAUCUUCAGGAUCAAUUAACCACCGAGGCUACGAAGAGAUCCGCGCAGACAACGUCGCGUUACAACAUGUACGAGGACACCGUGGAGAGAGAAUUUUCGAAACAGCUCGAGAAAGAGAUCUCGCGGACCCAGAUGGAGGAUCCGGCCAGCUUGGAGAACCGUAUCCUGGGCAGCUCUGUGCCCAAGUCAUCGAGGAAAAAUUGGGGUCGAAAACAGGAGGAGGAGGAGGAGGAGGAGGAGGAGGAGGAGGAGGAGAAGGCGGUGGAGAAGGGUGGUAACACGAACGAGGCGAAGUUCGGCAACUCUAGGUACGACGCUGAGAAGAUGUUGGGCUACUCGAGGACGGAGGAGGAUCUGCCCAUUCUGGAUUUGGAGAACGAGGUCCUGGCGAGGACGUUGAAGGAUUACAACGCGUACAUGACGUCGAGUUUGAGAUUGUCGAUGGUGGCGAGGCGGGACGAGGUCGAGCGGAGGAGGGCAGGCGGAUCGCAUUUUCAUGGAAAGCCCAUAAUCGACGAGGCAGAGNUGGACAGGUUGGGUGGAAAGAAGAGUAUGGAAUGGGCGAGCAGCACGGUGGCGUACGAGGACGAUACGAAGGGGGAUUUAUCUUGCAUAAACGGGACGUUCGUGCCGGCACCCCUCGCCCGGCAUGCGCUGAUCAAAUAUGUAAAAUCAUCGAUACCAGGCCACGAAUAUUUGGAAGCCGAUUACGAAUGUGCCCCAGGAUUCUAUAUGGUGAGCACAACAAACAGAUUGUUAUGCAGAAAUCGUCAAUGGAUGGGACAACUACCAAAGUGCAAGAUCAAAGCGAAUUUUGAAGGUGCGUGCAUCGACGCUUCCUGCGAUCACGUUUGCAAAGAAAUCGAUGGCAGACCGAUGUGUUCCUGUUACAAAGGUUUCCGGUUGGAGAAUGAUAAAUGUAUGGAUGUGAACGAAUGCAAGGAUAACAAGGGAGGUUGCGAACAUAAAUGUGUGAACAUCCCGGGAUCCUUUCGUUGUGAGUGCCCAAAGGGGAUGAAACUAGACGAGGACAGGUUCACAUGCAAGGAUAUCAAUGAGUGUCUGUUGAACAACGGGCACGGGCCUUGUCAGGAUACGUGUCGGAACACCAUAGGCGGCUAUGAAUGUUCCUGCGACAGUCUACAGGACACCGUGCUGUCAGCCGACAACCACACGUGUCAGACAGCGGGUCCCUGUAGCGUCAACAACGCGGGAUGCUCCCACACCUGUCUCUCCACCAUGGGACGAGUAUUUUGUCUCUGUCCCGAUGGUUUCAUCCUGGAGGACGACUGGAAAACCUGUCAAGACGUGGACGAGUGCGCCCAACCAGAUUUGCAAACGGAGAUGUGUCGGUACGGUUGUAUCAACACACCAGGAUCUUAUCGAUGCGCCGAGCCAAUGGAGUUGAAGGAUCAACCGAUACUGGACAGCUUGUCCAUCACGUGCCUGCCGGGCUACGAAGCCACCCCCGAUGGAACUUGUAUCGAUAUCAAUGAGUGUACGGUUGACAACGGUGGGUGCACAGAAGUCUGCGAAAAUACGGAUGGGAGUUUCUUCUGCGCCUGUGACGGUGACGAGAAAGCUCUAUCGUCGGAUGGCAAGUCUUGCGUGGAUAUAAAUAAUGUAUCCUGCCCACCAUUGAAUCCGGAGGGUCGAGGAUAUUUAAUGUGUUCACGUUUAGCUACUCCAAAGCCAUGGAGAGGUAGACGAAGAGUGGCCAAUCGACCAGGUACCAAAUGUUUCUUGAAGUGUCCCCAUGGGUAUCAACUUCACGGAGAAUACGAAUUGACUUGUAGAUCGGAUGGUUCGUGGGACGGCCCAAAACACGGCGAGUGUGUCAGAUACAGCAAGCCUCGUUUAGAGUGCCCUAAAGACGUGGUCGCGGAACUGCCACCAGGGAGAGACGAGGCUUUCGUGACGUUCGAUCAACCCUCGACAGAUCUCGAUUGGUUCCGGUACGUUCGAUCGAAACCCUCCUGGGGGACCAGGCUGGAGGCUAAUCUAACCCCGGGUGUGCAUGAGAUCACGUUCUUCGCGAGACACCCGGUAUCGAAGAAGCAAGCUAGCUGCGUGUUGCGCAUCAUUGUCAAAGGAGGGGAGGCGCCAAAAGUUAAAGACUGUCCGAACGACAUAGAGGUCACGGGGAGAAAUGGGACAGCGAUUACGUGGACCGAGCCAAUUUUCACGGACAACGUGAAGGUGACCCGGAUUAGGAGCAACGAGAGUCCUGGACGACGUUUCGACGUCGGUGGCCACAGAGUGGAGUACGAGGCGAGCGAUGAAGCAGGUUGGUCGAGCAAGUGUGUGUUCACCGUGGUCCUUCGUCAGGAGUGAGGCGGAAAUUCGUCGACGAUCAGGUGAGCGCGAGAACAAGGAAGAAGGAAGAGGAACAAAGGAGAGAAAGAAGGAAUCCAGGUAAAAGGGGGGAAAGGGUAGUAGCAGGCUGGAAGAGCAACGAUAAGGUAAUAUAAAUGGAAAUGCUCUGGACUCAUGCGCGUCGUAUUCUUCGCGUGCGUAAUGGAUUCCGUUUUAUUCGAAAGAUUAAACGUGAAUGAGACACGAAUAUGUCUUGUCGCGAUAUUCGUGAUGCACACACGAGUGUGUGUGUGUGUACACGUGGAAAUUUGUUCGUUUUAAUGUUUGAAAAAGUGAUUGGAUAUUAUCCUAUUUGGUGGGAUUAGAAGAUGAUUUAAAUUUGGAAAAAUGUUUGGGGGAUUCUUUUCUUUUUAUUGUUUAUGAAUUAGUUUGAAAAAA